AUGUUUAUGAUCAUUCGCGAAGGAUCGGCAGGAGGGCCAGGUGGAACCAGUGGGAUGAGUGCACCACCACAGAGGACUGCCAAACAGGUUCAGGCUGCCAUCAGGAAGAAGGUGGAGAAGCAAAAAAAGCAAAGCAGCGAGAUGGGCGUGGUCGAAGUGUUUGCAGGAGGGGCAAAGCGUCCACAAGUGCAGAGACCAAAACCGUCCAUUCCACCAGAGAGGAGGAGUGGAGAGGAGGAUGAGGAGGAAGAGCAGGACGUUGUUGAGAAUGAGGAACAGAAAGAAAGUGGAGAGGCUGAUCUGGGGCCCAUAGUGGAUUCUGUUUUUGGCCAAGACAGAGAAUUGCGGCCAGAGGAGAUUGAAGAGCUGAAGGAAGCAUUUAAAGAGUUUGAUAAAAACAAAGACGGCUACAUUAACUGUAAGGACCUGGGGGAGUGUAUGAGGACUAUGGGAUACAUGCCUACAGAGAUGGAGCUUAUUGAGCUGAGUCAGCAGAUCUGUGGUGGUAAAGUGGAUUUUGAAGACUUUGUGGAGCUUAUGGGCCCUAAAAUGUUAGCAGAGACAGCAGACAUGAUUGGAGUCAAGGAGCUCAGAGAUGCCUUUAAAGAGUUUGACUCUAAUGGUGACGGUCAGAUUAGCCUCUCUGAGCUAAGGGAGGCCAUGAAGAAGCUGAUGGGGGAGCAGCUGAACCCCAGAGAGAUCGAUGAGAUUCUGCGAGACGUGGACCUCAAUGGGGACGGGCUGGUGGACUUCGAGGAGUUUGUUCGGAUGAUGUCUCGCUGA